ACAUCCCAGAAGUAGAAUAUGAAUGGGUUCCGUCCAUAAAGACUUUUUUUGUCCAGCCAAAGAUAAAUACGUCAUUAACCCAAGAAAAUUUGGAAAUACUACAGCCAAAGGACAUCUGAUGGCAGCAUCAUUGCCACAGAAGACGGGCAUGACAGGGAUGCCCACUCAGCAACAGCCCCCUCACAUGCCCCCCGGUGGCUCCCUGGCCGCAGGUCAACAGGCAAUGCCACCCCAGGGUGCCCUCCGAGAGAUCUCCCCUGUGUUCCUCUGUCGGAUUGGACAGGAAACCGUCCAGGACAUUGUCACUCGCACCAUGGAGAUCUUCCAAAUCACACGAGCAACGCAACUUCCCAAUGGUGUGACUCAAAGCCAGGCAAUGUACCAGGACCGCUUUGGAAAACUCCAGGAACACUUGAGGCAGCUCGCCCUGCUCUUCCGCAAACUUCGCCUGCUGUACGAACGCUGCGUGGAGAUGACCGCUGACCUGCAGGAAGGGCCGGCGGAGCUCGUGCCCUAUGUUGGAGAAGAGCUGGUCAACGUCAGAGUGGAGCCUUGUAGUCCUUCAGUCCACCAGGAGCGAAAAGACAUCCUUGAGAGAGUACGUCAAAAGAACCACGAGAUGAAGGUUCUUAUGGAUCAGAUGAGGAACUUGCUGUGGGACGUCAAUGCCAUGUUGACACUGAGGAAGUGAUCAAUCCCGAUGGACAGACCGGGGAGAGUAUUUGCAGGGUGAUCAGCUUUUGCAAAGUAAUUGAUCUUUACCUCUCAAAGCCACAAGAUGGCGGCAAAGGUUUUUUUUGGGGGGGGGGGUCACUGGUGAAUUUCAAUUCACUUCAACGGAGUUCCUUGAGGCAGGCUGUUGGUCGACUGGUUAGCGUGCUGGCUGCAGAGGUGCAGGGUUCAAUUCCGGUACAGUACAUCUCAGGUGUGUAUGUGCACGCGUUAAAUGAGUCUUCCUCAAAGUGUGCCCUUGUUGUUCAGGUUUGCUUGCCUGUGAAUGUAAUUUUGUCAACUGGGCCAUAUGUGUUUUGUACCAAGUAAAAAUGUUUUUUCUCAUUAAAACUACGGGAAAAAAAAAGUC